AAAAUAUAAAGAUGAAAAAGACCAACUCCUCAACGAUAAAAUUGCAGUUUUUGGUUGUACUGUUACAUGGUUUAACUAGCAGCAUUGUAGGUGGUGAAAAAUUAAAUGUUAAUGGUAUACGGCUAGUCAAUGGUACACAGCCAUAUAGUGGGAGAGUAGAAAUCAACAUCAACGGUGUAUGGGGAACCGUUUGUGAUGACUCGUUUGAUAUUGAUGACGCAAAUGUCAUGUGUCGAAUGAUGAAUCUAACAGCAACAACUUUUGAAUCGAGUGCAUUUUACGGACCUGGACUUGGACCGAUAUUUGCUCAAGAGUUUAAGUGUAACGGAAUAGAAUCACACCUAAAAGAUUGUGAAAUGGUUCCUAAUGUCGAAUGUACACAUGAUAGGGAUAUCAGCAUUGUUUGCACCGAAUGUGGUAGAUUGGAAAUACGUAAUGGAGAAAUGCAGUCGAUAUCAGCUGAUGGAAGAAAUGUCAAAAUAUCAUGUAUAGAUGGAUAUAUCUCAAAUGUUACAACAAGUAUUUGUGAAGAUAGAAGCUGGUCUGUUCCGACAAUGCAUUGCACAUUAGCAUCACCAAAUACGAAAAUAAGAUUGGUAAACGGAAUCGGAUUAUAUGAUGGCAGAGUCGAGAUUUUUAGAAGUGGAUCUUGGGGAACUAUUUGCAGCACAUCAUUUUCUUGGCGUGAAGCUCAUGCAAUAUGCAAUAUCCUUUUUGGCACCAGGUCAUACAGAACUUAUUACACGUCUUCAGACAUGUACGGAUCGGGCACAGGAUCAAUACAUAUAGACAAUCUUGAUUGUGAUGGCUACGAGACUAAUAUAGAUGAUUGCAAAUAUAGCCGAGAUGUGUCAUGUAAUGAUCACGACAAUGAUGUUGCAGUUGCUUGUAACAAAUGGCCAAUGGAACUGGUAACAAAUACCAGACUUGUUAAUGGCACAGGACCUUAUGAUGGUCGUAUAGAGAUGUAUGUUUAUGGUCAAUGGGGAACAAUUGAUGCAACAUAUGUUAAUAUGUAUGAUGCCCGCACAAUAUGUAACACACACAAUGCGAGUUUAGCAAUGUAUUACACGUCAGCAGUAUAUGGACAAGGAACAGGACCAAUAUUAUCAUCUUCAAUAAACUGUUAUGGUGAACGGAGUCACAUACGCAGUUGUUAUGGUAAUUCACCAUAUGGAUCCGCUUCUCAUGCACACGAUUUGUCUAUAGCUUGUACUACAUGCGGCGUACCUUCAAUUUAUAAUGGAGAACCUAUUUCAUUCAAUGGAAAUGAAUUAACUAUAGCAUGUCAAAUGGGUUCCCUGCCUAAACAAGUCACGAUGACAUGUCUUGAAGAUAAUAGCUGGUUUCAGGAACAGAAAUGCACUCCACAUCUUGAACACCCAUUACCAAUAGAAGACAUUUUACUGCAAAACGGAGAUUUACCUACUGAAGGACGUGUUGAACUGAAAGUAAACGGGACAUGGGGAACGAUUUGUGGUAAAGGUUUUGAUUCUGCUGAUGCGCAAGUUUUAUGUAACAUGCUUGGUUUACAAUAUAAAAGUUUUUCCACCAAAGCAAGCAUUUUCAGUACAGUGGCAAGUGGUCCAAUUUACAUCAGUAACAUGACAUGUUAUGGCACAGAGUCACAUAUAAACGAAUGCAGUUACGAGAUUUCAAAUAAUUGUACACAUUAUGAUGAUGUGACAGUCAAGUGCACAGGAUAUCACUUGGACAUUACGGAUAUCAGACUAGCCGGCACAAAUGGGCCAUACCACGGUAGAGUAGAGUUAAAAGUCAACGACACAUGGGGAACUGUGUGCGGCACCAAUUUUUAUGGUUCUGAAGCAUCAUUCAUAUGCCACAUGCUUGGACUUCCUACGUAUAAAGCUUACUAUGGUUAUUCAUUCUAUGGUCAGGGGAGUGGACCAGUGUAUUUAGACAGAUUAGAUUGUUACUCAUCAUACACCCAUUUUAACCAAUGUCGAUAUUCUAUAAAUGACUAUUAUAACUGUGGACAUAACAAAGAUGUGUCAGUUGUCUGUUAUGGACCGACAUUAAAUAUUAGUGAUGCUAGGCUUGUGAAUGGUACAGGUCUAAGCGACGGGCGUGCUGAAAUCAAAGUAAACGAUACGUGGGGUACUAUUUGUGAUGAAAACUUUGACAUUCACGCUGCAGAUUUAUUCUGUAGGUUACUUGGUCUGAGGGCAGCUCAGUAUUUUACCGGAGGUAUUUAUGGAGAAGGCAGUGGUCCUGUAUUUAUUGAUCAACUUUUCUGUGAAAGCGACGAUCUUACCCUGAGUGACUGUAAAUAUUUGUUUCUCAAUAAAUGUAGUCAUGCUAGUGACAUCUCUGUUGUUUGUAACG